AUGGCCUGGUCUUCCAUUAGUUCUUCCCUACUAAUUACUCUUUUCUUCAUCAGUCCUUUUGGCUGCAGGCCAAAUACAACGGAAGCAGCCAGUGGUCCCUUAGUAACUCGUGUUUGUCGGCAGGCUGAAAAUCCGAACUUUUGCUUCAAGUCUCUAGGAUCUGAUCCUCGUACAGAAACAGCAAAUUUAGCUGGCCUCGCACAAAUUGCAAUUGACUUGGCGAUUUACAAUGCCACUGGGACUAGUGUAAAGAUUCACUCACUCACCCUGGGAACACAUGAUCCUCGUCUUAGGGCCCGUUAUAAUAAGUGUGCUGAGUAUUACCAAAGUGCAGGCGACAAUUUUCAGGAAGCAAAAAAUGCCUUGAAAUCUGGUGACUAUAGUGCUGUUAAUGUUAUGGCAACAGGUUCCUAUGACAAUGCAAUUGAUUGUGAGAACACCUUCAAACAACCACCGGCUUACCCAUCCCCCCUUACAAAUGACAACCUCAAUUUGCGGCAGCUCAGCUACAUAGUAAUGAUUAUCUCUAAGAUGCUUGGAAUGUAA